AUGAAGAUAAAUAUACAUCAUCUUCUCUCUCUGGCCGGGCUUAUUCCGGCUAGUCAAGCUACCAACAACCCCCUUGCAACCACCGACCAGCGAGACCUUGACAUCCUCGCCACCCAAUUAAGCAAGAGCCCAGCAUUCGAUCUCCUCCGUGACGCUGCUCAUACCCAAUAUAUUAUUACCAUCGAAGAAUACGGCUAUGGGUCCAGCCUCAAUGACCAAACCAAACCCGAUAUCGAUAUUGCAAUUGACGAACUGGUGUUCAGCUCCGUGCAAAAGGCAGUCAAUAAUGAUCCAGCGCAUCCCAAGGUAUACUGGACAGAUGCACCACCUCGCAACAGCACCAGUAGUCAGGAAUGGUUCGGAAUAUCUGUUCCAGGAGGAAGGUAUUCGUACGAUAACCCGGAUUGUAUCUAUCGUACCAUUCCGAUCAGUUAUAAAUUUGACUAUGAAAUACACGGGCGUCGUGCAAGAGGUGAUCAAGCAUCAAGCGACGUAACUUUCUCGUUGAUCAGUAACCCGAACUCGCAAAACACAGUUUCUUUUCUGAGUGGAAAAGAUCUGCAAGUCGAAGAGGAUGGAUCCUAUGUUAUCACCGUUUCUUCGAAGGAUUCAAACUCGACAAAUCAUCUCAAAAGUGAUUUAACUGCCGUUCAGCUUUUUGUGCGCAAUAAUCUUGGAGAUUGGAGUCUGGAACUACCAGAUGAAUUGAAUGUGACUAUCGUCAACGAUGGCGACAAAAAUAUCUCUAAUAACACUGGCGGUACAUUAUCUUCUGCUCUAUCGGAUGAGACAAUCAUAGCUCAAGCACAAGGGGAUCUUGCUGAAUCAAGUUUCUUCUAUGGAUUUGGUGCAUUGGGGUUUAAAACGCUAUCCAAUCCAGUUAACAAAUUGGGAGCACCCUCGCAAUCACAAUCCCUGGGCACUCUCACAUCCCAAGCAAGCUCAUUCGGGUCGUUUAGUCUGGCGGAAGAUGAAGCUUUCGUCGUGACACUGAGUGGCGGCAAAUCGACAUAUUGGGUUCUUCCCAUCUAUUCGUUAGGGAUGAUCACUGCAACUCCCUGGGACAGUAUUGUCAGCUACAACAAUAAGCAGGCCAAGCAGAACAACAAUGGAACCUUCACCUUUGUAAUAUCAAAUCAGGAUCCGGGGGUAUAUAAUUGGUUGAAUACGACAUCGAGAUCGCAAGGGUUGAUUAUGGGUCGUUGGCAGGGUUUACCAACAAAUGGGUCUGAUAAUAACGACAUUGACGUAUUUUCUAGUGUGGUGAAGACCGACAAUUUGCGAGAAUUCUUGCCAAAGGAAACCAUUUAUGUGAAUGGAGAGCAGCGUCAGCUGCAGUUGCGGGAUCGGCUGGAAGGAUAUAAUCGAAUUCAUUAUCAGUGA